AGCAAAGUCACAUACACUCUCACUCAUUCUCUCUUUUUGACACAGAACCAGAGACGCACGUGACACACACACAUACACACACACCCACAGACACCACUCCUUAGCAUAGCGGGACAAGCAGCUCACAAAUAACAGAGACAUCUACCACUUGGAUUUUAUCAGAGGCUUUAAGAAGAGACCAGACACAGAGGACUGGAGAGAAGGGACCAGCCACAGAGGACUGGAGAGAAGAGACCAGACCAGACACAGAGGACUGGAGAGAAGAGACCAGACCAAACACAGAGGACUAGAGAGAAGAGACCAGACACAGAGGACUGGAGAGAAGAGACCAGACACAGAGGACUGGAGAGAAGAGACCAGACACAGAGGAGUGGAGAGACCAGACCAGACACAGAGGACUGGAGAGAAGAGAACAGACACAUAGGACUGGAGAGACCAGACACAGACGACUGGAGAGAAGAGACCAGACACAGAGGACUGGAGAGAAGAGAACAGACCAGACACAGAGGACUGGAGAGAAGAGACCAGACACAGAGGACUGGAGAGAAGAGAACAGACCAGACACAGAGAACUGGAGAGAAGAGACCAGACACAGAGGACUGGAGAGAAGAGACCAGACACAGAGGACUGGAGAGAAGAGACCAGACCAGACACAGAGGAGUGGAGAGAAAAAGAGUAGAAAGACAGAGGAAGCCACAGAAAGAGGAAGAGACAAGAGGAACACCAGACCGGAGUCGCAGUGACUCAGGCUCUACACUGAAGACUUCUAGAUCCUGAACCUGUGUUAUCAAGGAGCCUCCGUCCUCCCAGCCCCCAAGCCCCCUGUGUGUGUGUGUGUGUGUGUGUGUGUGUGUGUGUGUGUGUGUGUGUGUGUGUGUGUGUGUGUGUGUGUGUGUGUGUGUGUGUGUGUGUGUGUGCACCCCUUUCCCUCCUCGUCCCACCCACCAUCACGUCCACCAUGCUGUGGACUGUUCCCCUAGCUCUGCUGGUUCUCCUCUUACUGCAGACCCAGCUAUGUGUCUGUCUACGGGGGCUCCGAGCAGCCGGCUCUUCCUCCUCUCGCUCUCGUAAUGCCACCCAGCAGCGCCUGCCUGGAGCCGUCAUCAUCGGCGUGCGUAAAGGUGGCACCAGGGCCCUUCUCGAGAUGCUCAACCUCCAUCCGGACGUAGAGGUUGCCAAAGCUGAGGUGCACUACUUCAAUGUGGAAGAGCACUUCCGGCGGGGGCUGGCGUGGUACCGUGCCCAGAUGCCCUUCACCCUGCCUGGACAGCUGACGGUGGAGAAGACCCCUGGAUACUUUGCCUCUCCCCACGUCCCAGUGCGGGUCUGGGAGAUGAAUCCUGCUGUCCGACUACUGCUGAUAGUCCGCGACCCCGCCGAGCGCCUCGUCUCCGACUAUACCCAGGUCCUUCAUAACCGUGUGACCCGCCACAAGCCCUACCAGCCUCUAGAGGAGUUGCUGCUCCGGCAGGGCCACAUCGACCCGGCCUACAAGGCUCUGCAGAGGAGCCUGUACCACCAGCACCUGGCCCGCUGGCUGGAUGUUUUCCCCAGGGAGCAGGUCCAUGUGGUGGAUGGAGAGGCCCUCAUCAGACACCCCUUCCCGGAGCUCCGCAGGGCUGAGAGGUUCCUGGACCUUCCCCCGCGCAUUGCUCCCUCCAACUUCUACUUCAACACUACUAAAGGGUUCUACUGCCUCCUCUCUGCCGGGGGACAUGACAAGUGUCUGGAUGAGUCCAAGGGGAGGCCCCACGCUCCUCUCAGCUCACAGGCCUUCAGGAAGCUGUGUGGAUACUUCAGAGAACCCAACAGGCUGUUCUUUGAGAUGGUGGGGCGCUCCUUCAGCUGGUGUUGAACUGAUUGGGACAGAGCACAGAGAGAGGAGAUAGAGAGGGUACAUUGGAGAUAUUGGCCCAUAAUAACAAUAUUUGUUAUCAGUGUGAUAAUUAUGUUGGCUUGCUUGGUUGAUUGAUGGUCCUGUGUGUGGCUCAGUUGGUAGAGCAUGAUGCUUACAAUGCCAAGAUUGUGGAUUCAAUUCCCACUGGGGUCUGGUAUGGAAAGAAAAUGCAUGCACUCACAACUGUAAUAAGCUGUGGAUAAGAGUAUUUGCUAUAUGACUAAAAAUGAUUGGUUGGAUGUUUUAAUUUGUGUUUAUUGAUGGGUGAGUGGGUGGAUUAAUCAGUUUCAGGUAGAUGAGAGAUGUGAGGAUAACUGCUGCACACAUAGGACUUUAGAGAUCUCUGUGUUUUAAAUGUACUGUCAAUGAGCUUCUGCAAGCCAGGCUGAAACCCUGGGAGUAAGCAGCAUCCUAAGUAAAGACUGUAUAAGAUGGCAAGCCCUCAAUGAGGGACACACACAUGAUGUGCAUAUUCAAUAUGGCUGCUCCACCCAUCACAGAUUAGAACCAUGACUUGAAUACGAGACCAUUUUAGUGAUUCAAUGUUUAUGCUACUACCUGCUGGAGAACAUGAACUGAAGUGCCCGUUCUGUGAUACUGUAUACCUGGUGGUCCUAAUACUUCCUGAUCAUCACUCCUUCUGGUGCCUGUCACGUGAGCCUUUGCUUCCAGGGAUGAACACUGUCUGAUGCACAAACUGCCAUCAAAUCAAGUGUCAGAAAGGAACUACAAUAACCUGUGCCAUACAAUUGUAUCAUGAACAAUCAGGACACAUAUAUAACUCUUGAAAUACAAUAUCUGUAGCUCCUGCUUUGUACUUUUGACGUUCAUUAAAAUGAGUUCUAGAACAGACACUUAGAAGAAACAGAUGAGUUCUACAACAGACAUUUAGAAGAAACAGAUGAGUUCUAGAACAGACAUUUAGAAGAAACAGAUGAGUUCUAGAACAGACAUUUAGAAGAAACAGAUGAGUUCUAGAACAGACAUUUAGAAGAAACAGAUGAGUUCUACAACAGACACUUAGAAGAAACAGAUGAGUUCUACAACAGACAUUUAGAAGAAACAGAUGAGUUCUACAACAGACAUUUAAAAGAAACAGAUGAGUUCUACAACAGACAUUUAGAAGAAACAGAUGAGUUCUAGAACAGACAUUUAGAAGAAACAGAUGAGUUCUAAACCAGACAUUUAGAGGAAACAGAUGAGUUCUACAACAGACAUUUAGAAGAAACAGAUGAGUUCUAGAACAGACAUUUAGAAGAAACAGAUGAGUUCUACAACAGACACUUAGAAGAAACAGAUGAGUUCUACAACAGACACUUAGAAGAAACAGAUGAGUUCUACAACAGACAUUUAGAAGAAACAGAUGAGUUCUACAACAGACAUUUAGAAGAAACAGAUGAGUUCUACAACAGACACUUAGAAGAAACAGAUAAGUUCUACAACAGACACUGUUAAAACCUUAAAAGGAUUGUCCCCUUUUCUUUCCAAUUUUCAUCGAAAAUGACAUACCCAAAUCUAACUGCCUGUAGCUCAGGACCUGAAGCAAGGAAAUGCAUAUUCUUGGGACCAUUUGAAUGGAGACACUUUGAAGUUUGUGUAAAUGUGAAAGGAAUGUAGGAGAAUAUAACACAUUAGAUCUGGUAAAAGAUAAUACAAAGAAAUGUACCAUCAUCUUUGAAAUGCUAGAGAAAAUCCAUAAUGUACUAUUCCAGCCCAGGUGCAAUUUAGAUUUUGGCCACUAGAUGGCAGCAGUGUAUGUGCAACGUUUCUGACUGAUCCAAUGAACCAUUGCAUUUCUGUUCAAAAUGUUGUAUCAAGACUGCCCAAAUGUGCCUAAUUUGUUUAUUAAUAACAUUUCAUGUUCAAAACUGUGCAAUCUCCUCAAACGAUACCAUGGUAUUCUUUCACUGUAAUAGCUCAUGUAAAUUGGACAGUGCAGUUAGAUUAACAAGAAUUUAAGCUUUCUGCCAAUAGCAGAUAUGUCUAUGUCCUGGGAAAUGUUCUUGUUUCUUACAACCUCAUGCUAAUCGCAUUAGCCUAUGUUAGCUCAACCUAUCCCGCAGGGGACCCACAAAUCCUGAAGUUCCAGAAUGGACUCUGUUAGAAUACAUGUAUGAGUGUAUAGAAGAAUGUUUUGAAAUGAGAUUGGGGCACUAUGAACUGAUGCGAUUCUUUGCACUAUGAACUGAUGCUUAAAUGCAUAAAAGGUCAGUCUAUACAGUAUAUGUGGAACUACUGUAGCAAUUUGAAGCUGUUUCAAACUGUCUGACGUUUCAGACUGCUUACCAUUUUCACUGAACUGUUUACCAUUGUACAAAGUAUGCAAAAGAAUGUCCUCAUCUAGAUAAUUAUGUUUGCUUCUAGUGUUAUUGUGUUGCUAGUGUUACUCUCAUAUUUGACUUUCACAUGUUCAAUAGAAAUGUAUUUUUCUUUGGGGGGGGUUGUUGAAUUUCAAUUUUGAAUUUUAAAUUUUGAUUUCCAGAAGUUUGAGAUGUAAUGUAUUGUAUGUAUUGAACAAUAUUUAAUAGAGUAGGCUCCCUCAAUAAACAAUUAUCUCCACUUUG